AUGCAACUGAGCAGUGCUAUCAUGUGCCGAUUACGUCAUCAAGGAGAGUAUGAACAUAUUUUAUCUAGAAAAGCUGUUUUGUUUGUUAUAAUAUGUUCUACUGGUUUUAUUAUGGUAAUUACUGCCAUUGUGGUGCCAGUGUUAAUAUGGCAUAUAAACAAUGUUCCAAUAUCAUAUACAACUAAUACAAUUGGUAUGACAACUGCUAAUACUACGGCUUCUAUGCUGAAAUAA